GCACUAGUAACCAUAGAAGUCAAAAUUUGUAAGUGUCAAAUUAUUUUCAAAAUUCUAAGUUGAUAUAAGAAAAAUGUCUGAAAGUUCUUCGGUUUGCGGUUCCUCGUGUGGCGAUUGCUCGGACGUCAGGAAAAUUAAAAGAGAAAUCCGGACAAAACAUUUUGACCUCUCAAAAUUCAAACUUAUGCCUAAAAAGAUGUUAGAAACAACUUUAGUUCAAUGGAGGAGUGAGCAGUUGCAGAAAGUGGAAGAAGAAUUGCAUUUGUUGCGAAUUAUUGAAGACAUGAUGAAAAAUUCGGAUGCUGAAAGAUUUGAAGGUUACACAGACAAGAUGAAAUUAGCCGAGUUAAUGAAAAAUGUACGCAGUUCAAGUGAAAUUUAGUUAAAUAAAGUCUGCUAAAAUCGUG